GGCAGCAGAGCAGAGGACAUCAGCCAGCCAGGAGCCGCAUGAAACAGUCAUGUUCUCUCCUAUAUGUUAGUGUUUGGACAUGGCCAAACAGUACGACAUCCUGUUCAGGCUCAUCAUGCUCGGAGACUCGGGGGUCGGAAAGACGUGCAUGCUGCGCAGGUUCACCGAGAGUGAAUUUGAUCCGUCGCAUAUUUCCACCAUCGGAGUUGAUUUCAAGAUGAAAACAGUUGAAAUAGAUGGAGUCAAGGUCCGCGUACAGAUUUGGGACACGGCUGGUCAGGAACGUUAUCAGACCAUCACCAAACAAUACUACAGGAGGGCUCAGGGUAUCAUCUUUGUAUACGACAUAACAAGCGAGUCGUCCUUUCAGCACAUAGAGAAGUGGUCCAGCGAUGUGGAUGAAAAUGCUCUAGACAAGGUGCAGACAAUCCUAGUAGGAAACAAGUCUGAUGAGGAGCACAGGAGGAAAGUGACAAAGGACCAAGGAAGCAAGCUGGCAGAAACCUUUGGGAUGGAGUUCUUUGAGACCAGCGCUUCCACCAACAGUAACAUCAGUGAGUCAUUUCUUCGUGUGACAGAACUGGUGCUGCAGGCUCACAAGAGAGACGUGGACAACUUGUUCGGCUCUCUGGAUGAUUAUCUGGAUAAAGCUGCUCAGGAGGAAGCGAACCGGAGUGAAGACAAUGAUGGAAACACUCGAAGGACCUGCACCUGUUAAAGACAAAGGACCUUCUCAGUGCCAUGACUCAUAGCUGAAGACGUGUGACUUAAUUUCACCCUCUUUGAUUCUUUGACUUGUCCGCCAUAGGGCGCUGGAUUGGUUUCACUUUUUGCAAGUUGAUGAAAUUCCAUGGUGAUAGAUGCAGUUUGCAGCAGCUACCAGCAGAGGGCCUAUCCUGUGCAAAACCAUCAAAACACACUCUCCACUAUUUUCCUUAAAAUGCAGUUUUGCGCUCUACAUCUACACCAUCAGUUACUGUUUUCCAUCGUGUGUGCUAUCUUGUACUUUUUUUUCAUUAUUUGGUUGUUGCACAAAGUAAAGUAUGGAUGCAUAUCAACGAAUCUUUUCAUUGAGGUGACAAGGCUACAGAGGCAACAGCACAGUAGCCCGAGGACAGAGCUGAAUUAUUUACAUGUAGAAACUCAACCCAAGCAGGGAUGGAUUCAUUUACACAAUGCACUUAUUUCCUGAAGGGAGACAGUGUUGUGCCAUGUUCAGCGAUCUGUCUGAAUGCAGUGCAUGCUUAUUCACCAUUCUGAAUGUAAAUGUUUGUUUUAUGAAUGUGACCAGUGUUGCCUACUGUGUGCUGUGCGUUGAAGCGGAGUUGCUGCUGCUUAAAAUAUUAUGUUCAGGUUCUGCCAACGUGCCACAGAUGAGUUUUAAUAUAAUGUUUGCAAAUGCGUGCAGGUUACUGCAAAAAAAAAGUAAAUUUUCAUGUUUCAAACAAGUGAAUUGUGUAACUGAGCUUUGCUGAGUCAUUAAAUUAGAGCUGGAAGAGUGAAA